UCCCGACUUUUUUCCAAUAAAGCCACUGGAAUAUGGUCGGUUUCUAGUUUUGUCAUUAGGCACAGGGUCUCAGAAAUUUCAAGAGAAGUAUGACGCUACAAAGUCUUCUAGUUGGGGCAUUUUAGGGUGGUUAGCCGGUGGUGGCUCUACUCCAUUGGUGGAUGUUUUCACUCAGGCUAGUGGCGACAUGGUUGACUACCACAUCUCUACCGUCUUCGAAGCCUUACAUCCAAUAGAAAAUUAUCUCCGAAUUCAGGAUAACACUCUAAGGGGUGACUUAGCUUCCAUGGAUUUAGCUACCAAAGAAAACUUAGAGAAUCUCGUGAAAGUGGGUGAGGAGUUGUUGAAAAAACCAGUAACCAAGGUGAAUCUUGGCACGGGCCUAUAUGAGCCUUAUCAUCAUACUACCAAUGAGAUGGCUCUAAAAGAGUUUGCAGCAAUACUCCACAAGGAGAAGUAUGUAUGAGAACUAAGAUCUCCGAAUACUAAUAGAGGAGGCAUUAAUCAAAGAAAGUUGAUGGAAGACCUAACUACACUUUCGGAAAGAAGGCUAAACUCGGAGUCGAUUCAUCACUCUCUUCCACAUUUACACAAGCUCGCCAUGAACUAAGAUUUCCCUAUUCGGUUCAACUAGCUUUUAUUUGGUUUAUUAUGUUUUUAAACUAGUAGUUUAUCCUGUUUGGAGUACAAUCUUUACUUUUUGGAAUAUAUAUCUAGGCUUUGGAUGAAGAGAAAACCACCAUGAGUUGUGAC